CAGAAGCCCAGUGCGGCGCCCGGAGCAGGUCCCGCGCCCGCGCCACUCCCGGGACCGCGACCCCGGCCGCCCCGCGAUGACCGCGACCGCAGCCCUCCUGCCCGUCCUCUUGCUCCUGCUGGCUUUCGGCCGCAGUGCCCAUGGAGCUGAAUGCUUCCCGGCCUGCCACCCCGAAAAUGGAUUCUGCGAUGAUGACAGUGUGUGCAGGUCCACCUCCUCCCCGCCCGGUGGGUGGCGGCUGCCUCCCUUCCCCCUGUGGCCUUCGCCCAGCAAAUCCACCAGCCUGGAUGGUGACCUGGUGCCGGAAAAAGGGACAGCGGGCCUGGGUGACAUCUUGCCUCUGCGUCACCAACCUCAUCUCAUCUCCCUGAUUUUCUCUGCCUUCCAAGACAUCCGGGCUUGCACCUCGACCCCCUGCGCCAACAACGGCACCUGUCUGAACCUCGAAGACGGCCAGUACGAAUGCUCCUGCGCCCCCGGCUUCUCGGGAAAGGAUUGUCAGAAAGUGGAUGGGCCCUGCGUGGUGAAUGGCUCGCCCUGCCAGCACGGAGGCAGCUGCGUGGACGAUGAGGGCCAGGCCCCCCACGCCGCCUGCCUGUGCCCCCCGGGCUUCUCGGGCAACUUCUGCGAGGUCAUGACCAACAGCUGCAGCCCCAACCCGUGCGAGAACCAGGGCAUCUGCACUGACAUCGGGGGCGACUUCCGCUGCCGCUGCCCCGCCGGCUUCAUGGACAAGACCUGCAGCCGCCCGGUCAACACCUGCACCAGCGAGCCGUGCCUCAACGGCGGCACCUGCCUGCAGCACUCACAGGUGAGGUUCGAGUGUCUCUGCACGCCCGCGUUCGCCGGCCCCCGGUGUGGCCGGAAGCGCGCGGCGGGCCCCCCGCAGGUCACCCGUCUGCCCAGCGGUUACGGGCUGACCUACCGCCUGACCCCCGGGGUGCACGAGCUGCCGGUGCAGCAGCCCGAGCACCGCGUCCUGAAAGUGUCCAUGAAGGAGCUCAACAAGAGCACUCCGCUCCUCUCCGAGGGACAGGCCAUCUGCUUCACCAUCCUGGGCGUGCUCACCAGCCUGGUGAUCCUGGGCACCUUGGGCAUCGUCUUCCUCAACAAGUGCGAGGCCUGGGUGUCCACCCUGCGCUACAACCACAUGCUGCGCAAGAAGAAGAACCUGCUAUUGCACUGCAACAGCGGGGAGGAGCUGGCCGUCAACAUCGUCUUCCCGGAGAAGAUCGACAUGACCACCUUCACCAAGGAGGCGGGCGAGGAGGAGAUCUGAGCAGCAUCCCCGCCGCCCCCCCUUCCCGGGGUCCCCGCAGAGCCCCCCGUCUCUCUGUGCGGUCUGCUCUCAUCUUUGUGGUGGAAUUUGCUCCCCUCUCUGUCAAAUCUGGUGAACGCUAUGCUUUCCUCUCCCGCCUUUGCGCUGCCGUGUGACCAACGUAAUUGCCAGAUGAAUCCUCUUUCUCUCUUCUUAAUGCAUGAUAUAAAAAAAUAAUAAUAAUAACGAUAAUAAUAAUGAGAA